AUGACGUGUACACUUAUUAACUUAUCUGUGAUUAAUGAUUUAAAACGUAUUCGAGCACUAUUGUUACCACAUUUGCUAGAAGAUAAUAACGAUGGUUUCGAAGAGGACGACGACGACGACGACGAACAGGAUCAAACUCAAAAUGCAGCUCUUAUUAUUAAAAAAAUGCCACGUGUUCGCAAUGAAUGGCUGAAAGAAUGUUUAUUAGCUUUCUCUCCAGCCCUGAAUAUUCUUGUAGCUGCGUUUGACCAAACAUUAGUUGUUUUUACUACCAAACUUAUCAAUGAUCAAACAUUCUUCUCCGUUUCUUACGAAACGAAACUUCAGGUCGAAGCAAGUGAACGAAUAACAAGUAUAUUAUGUCUUCCAGUCGCCUCAACAAAAAAGCAUCCACAUUUACCAGAAUGGACUUGUAUCGUUGUUGGAUUCACAACUGGUUAUGUCCGAUUGUAUACAGAAGAUGGAUUAUUACUUCUAUCACAAAUAUUUCAUGAUGAUAUCGUCACUCAAUUGAAAUGUCAUACACAAUUUCCAUCAAAAAUACGAGGUCUAACGGAACAACCUGAUGAACUUUAUAUACAGUAUCGAUCCAUUUUGGUUGUUAUUGAUGGAUUUAGUUUACAUCAGUUGCUCAAAGUUUGCCGUGAUCAUGUGCUAAAAAAUGCAAAUACUUCAUCGACAUCACCUCAACUGUCUUAUAAAAAAUGGGGUUUCUCUGAUCAAGAUCAAGUAUUUGAUUUCGUACCAGCCGGGUUAGUGACGGACAAUCGAUUCGACCAGUUAUGUGCUGCAUCAAUGACCGGUGGUUAUCAAGCCACCAUUCGUCCUACUCCACCACUUUUUACACGAUAUAUCACUAUUGGAGCUGGUCCAUACUGCAAUUUUUAUUAUUGUGCUGAACUACCACAUUUGACUGAAGUGGCAUUUGCGUUAGCAGACAGGCUAAAAUCAUCAUUAUUUUCUGCUGUGAGUCGUUGGAUACCAACAAAACAAACAGCAACGGAAGAUGCUAAACCGAAAAUAGAACCGGAGACAAAACUUCUUAGUAGAUUUGGAUUUCGCGAUUUAAGACGACAUGGUGAAAAAAUAAUUGUUUCUCCCGGAUUACAUAUGGCUGCUUUGACAGAUAGUUUUGGUCGUGUUGUGUUGUACGAUAUAUCACGUGGUAUUGCUAUUCGAAUGUUUAAAGGUUAUCGUGAUGCAGAAAUCGGAUUUAUGCAAAUUGAAGAAACGGAAGAUGUUAAUAGCAGUGCACAGUUUUCAGCAAGAAAAGCCGCCUUAUUUCUUGUUAUUCACGCUCCAAGACGACAAUUGCUUGAAGUGUGGGGCUGUCAACAAGGAACUCGAGUUGCUGCUUUCAAUGUUUCCAAAAGUUGUCGACUGAUUUAUUUGGAUCAUUACAUGCUCGGUUGGACAAAUACGUUUCAAACAUUAUCAUCAUCGAAAUAUAAUUUUAAACAGUGUAUACUGUUGGAAGAGAGUGGAGAAAUUAAAGGACUACAAGUACCAUUUCAUUUGAUAUUAAGUGAUCGUAGUAAUCAACGAGCUCAUGAUGUUAUGAUAUUAAGGCAAUUACGACGUUUACUGAAGGAAUCGACGAGUGAUACGGAUCAAUUCAAAAAUGAUUAUCGUCUAUUGAUUAAACGCUUGAUAUCAUUUGAAAUGAAACGAGAAGCACUGGACGUACUAUUUCAGUCAGACUAUGUGAAUUUAUUAACCAUGCGUUUAUUUUUACAAGAAACCGAAGAUUAUUUGAAUUCAAAUAUGGAUACAUUACUACAUGAUAAUGAAUUAAUCAAUUUGUAUGACUAUUGCAAAAUAUGUCUAAGAUUAUCCGACAUCUAUAGCGCCGUAAAUGAAUAUAUAAAAACAAUAUCAACGGUUAUAAAGAAGACAAAUGAGACAAAUGAGAUGUUCUCGAAAGAAGAAUUUCAAAACGAAUUAUCAUUAUCUAAUACUGAAACAGACACUUAUUACAACAUCUUUGAACAAUAUCAUCAACAGUGUGAACAAAAAUGUUAUAAAAAUGAAAAAUCAUCAAAUACACAAUCUGAUACCAUUCCGGAUAAAAAAGUACGAUUUUUUGAUGAUGUUGACAAUCAAAAGACUCAUAUUCCAAAUAAACAACCAUCAUUUAUAACAUUUGGUCGAUUUUUAUCCAUGCUAAAACAAUCAUCUUCAAUAUCAGCUUCCUCUACUUAUCGACGUCAAACAUCAACAUCGGACAAAUCAGGUCGAAGCGAUACAUCUUCAACUCGACGAAGAUCAUCAGUCAAUGAGAAAUCACCAUUCUAUCUUGAAAUAAAACCAACAAUCGAUUAUAAUGACUUUGUAUUACUUGGGCAAUAUUUUUUCUCAUUAUGGUUCAACAAUGAUAACGAAUGGUCUGAUGAAAAAUUUCAACAAUAUUUACAAUUAACACAUUUAAAGUCACUUGAUUUAAUUCAGUUAUGUAUUUAUGCAUUAUUAUCACAACAAAAUUUACCAAAAUCAUUAAAAACUUUAAAGCAAUUAGUCAGUACAUUAUUGACUAAAACAAACUUGGAUGAGAAUGAAGAAGAUGAAGAAAACAUAUGGUUUAUCCUAGAGAUAUUUCAACAGACACAACAUUUACCAUUAAGUUUAUUGGUCUUGUUGAUCAUAAAAAAUCAUUUGGGUUCUGAUGAAGAGGAUGAUGUCACAAUUCAAUUACUUGUAAAACGUCUAUCAGCUUUAUUAUGUGUGAAAAAUUUAUUAUCAGUGAACAAACCAACUAGCCGAGUGAAUAAUGACGACGAAAUAUUUGAUGAAGAAAACGAAGAUAAUACCAUUAUCAAUUUGACUGUUGACAAUGUGUUUAUUUGCUAUCAACAAGAAUAUUUGAGUGAAUUAAUAGCAAAAUAUCUAGUUAAAAAUCAAAUUAAUCCAAAAUGGUUGGUUAAACCAAGAACAACAAAUGAAGAUAAUGAAAGUGAAGAGAACAUCACAGACAUAACUGCAACUGAUCAAGAUAAUUAUGAACAACAUAUUCGAGUUAAUCUCUCCUUAUGUAGACAAUUUUUACCUCAUACAUUCGAACCAACCGUUUUAUUAGUCUAUUGUUGUUGGGAAUGUAUCCAAUUAUGGAAUAAAACGUUAAAUGACAAUAAUGAUUUAAGUGCGUCUUCUGCGUCAUCCACAUUAUUCCAUUUAUUAUUAGACUACUAUGACAGCAUACAAAUAUCAGUGGUUAAACAAAAUUUAGCUACCUUGAUAUGGCAUAUGUAUUUUCGUUCAAAAAUAACAACGUUAACACAACUGAUAGAAAAAGUUGGCAAAAUACCGAAAGAACGUUUAUGUUAUAAAGAAUUACGAAUGACUGAUAAAGAAUUAAUUGUCUAUCUUCACUUAUUAAUUCAAUUUUAUGAUCGAUUUAUUGAGUCAAUUUAUAAUCCAUUGAAUGAAAUACCCAUCUUCAAUGUUGAUGAUGCAUGGUUACAACAACGUACAGAUUCUGUUAAAUCAUCUCAACGAUUUCUAUCAGCAGUCUUGUUUCGUCCGAAUUUGCUAAAGCCACCAGUGGCAUCUACUGAUCAGCAGUCAAUAUUAUCUGUCAUUGAACUCAUUAUGGAACAGAAACAAGUCAAUCCACAUUUAGUUUGGCAUCAUUAUAAAUUAAUUCGUUUAUUAUAUUACAUUAUGUAUUACCAUAUGAAAUCUAUCAAACCUAUGUCCAUGUUCGAUACUAAAGGUAUAAAUGCAUUUUUUACUGAUUUACAUACACAUCCAUUAAUAACUGACGAUGUCGAUAACAGUGUCUCAAAUAUUCGAAAAUUAUUUUUUAUACGCUUACUAAAUGGAGUGUUUGAAAAAGAAACACCAUUCGAUGAUAAUUCUGUGGGUGGUGAUAUUGUAUCAAAAACAUUUGAAGCAAAUAUUCAGCGAAUUUUACAAUUUUCUACAGAUAUGCUCAUUGACAGCGAAUAUAUUCGUCGACAUUACAUUUGUUUAUUGUAUGCAUAUGGUUACGAUGAAAUAGCAUCACAUGAAGAAUAUAGAAUUAAUGAAAAGCAAUCAUUAGCAUCUCAGUUAUUGAUAAUUGCCGGUUUAAGAUUAAAACAUGUUAUUGAUAAUACAACGACAAAAACAACAACAAAUGAAAAAUCACCACAAAUAAAAAUGUCCUAUACAUCUUUAGAACUAAAAGCAAAAUUAUCAUCGACAUUAAAAACCUGGCUAGCAUCACUCAAUGGUUUAGUUGAUUAUCCAGUUAAAUCGUGUUCAUUAUUUUCAAUUAAUAAUAUUUUAACAAAAAUAUUUUGCUAUCUACCUCAAAAUUAUUCUCAAUAUAAUCUCGCACAAGAAAUGCUUGAAUUAGUGAGAACAUUGAAUACAAAACGAUAA